AUAAAUUACCUUUGUUAUCAGAUGGCCUUUUGGUAAAUUAAUGUCUUUCCCUUUCUGUUCUGUUUCAAAGCGUUGUUUUCGAGGGUUUUUGAUACGUGAGGAUCUUAUGGUUCAAAAUUGUGCAGUACUGGGUAUAACGAUUAAGAGACAAUCAUUUGGCGGUCUUUACAACAAUGGAAGUUGAGAAGCAUAAGAGGACAAUUGGGUAUUGCAGCUGUUUUGUGGUGCUGUUACUUGUAGCGGUUUUUGCCCUUGCGAUAGCAUUGGGUGUUGUGGCUUCUCGUCUUAGAGACCAACCGGACAGCUGCCCUACCUCCUCAAAUAUUGCUCUUGAUCCUCCGGAUAACCUUCCGCCAUUUUAUGACCUCACGCACUCAGAAAUCCAAGCUGUAAAGCGCUUUUUGUAUGGCCAGAAAGAACUUAAUCUCGUAAAGCCUUCAGUAAUCACUCUCAACUCGAGCUAUAUAUUUUCUUUUGAGCUCCUGCCUCCAAUUAAACAAGAGGCCCUAGAUUACCUUGACAAUGGGAACUCGCAGCCAGUACGUGAGGCCCGAGUGGUAAUCUUCCGAGGAGAUAGUAAAGUUCCGGUAUCCGAAGAAUAUACAGUGGGACCCACAGCGAAUCCAACAUAUAUGAAGGACAAAGGAACAUUUCCCUUCCGCUAUCGGCCUCUUACAGGACCAGAAACUGUUGCAGCUAUCACCUUAUUACACGCAGAAAUCGGCGGCAAGGCAAAUGCUAUUUUACUUGAAAGCUAUGGUGGAAAGCUUGGAGACUGUUCUAACAACUGUCUGGGAUUCGAAAUGAUCACCCCGAUGUCUUCAAGUGCUAGUGGGGAGCCUAUGAAUCGAAAGAUGUGGUAUUGGCUUGCUCCAACAGUGGAAUUUUGGUCCCUCAAUUCUUUAGAUUUCGUUGUUCGCGUUGAUUUAACUAGUAGCGACCCUGACCAGUAUUAUAUCGACAGAAUAUUUCACGCUGGGCGCAUGUUCCGCAGUGUGGAUGAACUUGUCCAAGCGUACAAUGCCAACACCUUUGCAAAAACUCGUGUCAACUAUCCAAAAGCAGACAGGAACUUGUUCUCAUCCCUCAACAGACGUGGAACUCUUUUUCCUUCGGAACCGCUUAGUCCUCCACAAGAGUUCGAGCCAGACGGAAAGCGCUACUCAAUUAAAGGACGUCACAUUCAAUAUAUGGGCUGGGACUUUGACGUCAGAAUGUCGACUCUCUUUGGACCUCAACUGUUUGACAUUCGAUUUGAUGACAAACGCAUUUUAUACGAACUAAGUCUUCAAGAAUGUGCUGCGUUUUACUCUGCCAAUAGCCCAGAGAUUCGCUUCGCCGCCUACACCGACAGUGUCGCUUUAAUCGGUACCCGAGCGCGCUCACUAGUGCCUGGAGGUGACUGCCCCGUCCACGCGACCUUCCUUAGUGCAAAUCACGUGAUCGAAUCCCAGGAAGCACCAAUGGUUGUGGAUCGGGCCUUUUGCGUGUUUGAACACAACACCGCUACUCCCCUCCGCCGUCACUUGACAAGUUUUGGCGGGAAUAAGUUCUAUGAAGGAAUGCUAGACUCAGUCUUAAUAGUGCGGACUGUUGCAACUGUUAUCAACUACGACUACAUAUUUGAUUUCAUAUUCCACCAGAACGGCGCUGUCGAGGUUAAAGCCAUUUCGACAGGGUAUAUUUUAGCCUCGUUCAGGUUCCCACCAGAAAACGAAUACGGCUUUGCACUGAACGAGCAUAUUACAGGCAAUAUUCAUCAUCAUAUGUUUAAUUUUAAAGUAGAUAUGGAUAUAAACGGCCAGGCAAACCGGUUUGAGACCAUUGAAGUUCGUCCAGAGGUUGCUGACAACACUUUAUGGUCAGCAUCUUCUGGUGCCAAAUAUUCGCAGACGAGAAUGGUUCGGAAGCAGAUCAAAAAUGAGGCAUCAGCAGCCGUGAAUUAUAACUUAUCCACACCAAAGUAUUUGACCUUCUAUAAUGACAAGGUCAAAACGAGAGCGGGCGUACCGAGGGCAUAUAGACUUCUAAUGAAAGGAAUGUCAAAACAGAUGGUUACCCCAGGAACAGGUCAGGAACCGUCUGUUUCCUGGGCACGGCACCAACUUGCUGUCACUCGAUACAAGGACUCUGAGCGGCGAUCCAGCUCCAUAUACGCUUGCUAUGACGGCGAAAAUCCAGUUGUCGACUUUCAAGACUUUAUGGCGGAUAAUGAGUCCAUUUCAGAUGUGGACCAGGUAGCCUGGGUGACAAUGGGUGUGCAUCAUAUCCCACACAUGGAGGACCAGCCCGUGACCCCUACAGUUGGCCUUGACCUUCGCUUUUUCCUGCUGCCCUACAACUAUUUCGAUGAGGAUCCCGCCAUUGGAUCAGGGGACGCAAUCCGGGUUGAGCCACGUGACCAGAAUGAUUUAAAUGCGGGCUUGCGGGUUGAACGGUAUGGGAGAAAGGAGAAUGCACAAUGUAUGCCGCAAAAGUCGGCCUUUGACGAAGAACUGGAGAACAAUCCGGAAAGCCUGUUUGAUAAGCCAACAGGCGAUUUUACAAUAUAGUAAGAUGAAUGGCUGGUUGACAUCUUCGAUGAUGUGAUUUUGUAUUGCUGUUUACUGGGACCGUAUUCACUUACGUCCUGGGGCAGUGAUUACGAACAGUCUCAAGUCUGAGUCUCGAGACUUAAGUGAAUAUGGGCCCUGAACUGGGGCAGUGUUUAAGAACAGUCUCAAGUCUGAGUCUCGAGACUUAAGUGAAUAUGGGCCCUGAACUGGGGCAGUGAUUAAGAACAGUCUCAAGUCUGAGUUCAGAUUCAAGGCUCAAUAUGGCAAAACUUCAUUUCAUUGUAACUUUUCUUCUAGCAAACAUUGAUGGUGUAAUUUACUGUAAUAUAUAUGUAUUUCUAUGUGAGUGUUGUACUAUUAUUUACAUAUAUAUUUGUGAAAUAAAUAGAAUACACUUUAUUGUGUUCCUUCUUAAAAAAGCGUUUAAGUCUAGACUUGGACUUUAGACUGUUCAUAAGCAUGGCACCUGAGUCUUAAUUUGAGACUCAAACUCAGAAAAGCUAAAUUUUAAUAGUGUUGUAAAACUGUUAUCAUAGAAGCAAAGAUGGUAAAAAAGAUGUAUGUGUUACACAUAUCUGCACCACACUCAGGCACACAUCUUUUGUCAAAAUAAGUUAUAAUAUAGAUAUUUUUAAACAUUUUUUCGUAUACCUUGGUGGAAUUGUGUAUUGAAUUGGAUAUCUGUGCUUUAAUUGUUGUAUUUGGUUUAUAAUAAAC